ACUUUGUGGCUCACAGGAAAAAUAGAGAACUUGAAAAUAGGAAUCUUGAAAGAAGGCUUUGGAUUGAAGAACUCCGAAGCGGAUGUGGAUAAGAUGGUCAGAGACGCUGCUGAACAGCUGGGUACUGCAGGCGGCGCAAUUGUUGAAGAAGUGUCUGUCCCAAUGCAUUCUGACGGUGUUCGAAUCUUUGGGGCCAUCCUACAUAUUGGAGGCGAUCGAAUGAUGUUUGGAGGAGCUGGAGCCGGAACCUCGGCAAGGAUGUAUUACGACACCACUCUACAGGGAGCCUUCUCUCGAGGCUUAAAAUGUCACUCGAAUGACCUGUCAAAAAGAGAAAAACUGAUACGGUUGAUCGCCAAGUAUUUGCACGAGGAUUAUCACAGCAUCUUUUACGGAAAAGCACAGAACCUCGGUCGAGAGCUUUGCAAGGAGUACGAUGCGGUUCUUGAAAAAUACGAUGUGUUGAUUCUGCCAACCAUACCCAAGAAGGCGCCAGUUUUCCCACAGGAAAAUCCUCCUCUGAAAGAAUAUUUGGCAAGGGCUUCUGAAAGUGCUCCCAACACGUCAGCAACUAAUGUCACAGGUCACCCAGCUCUAUCAAUCAACGCCGGCUUCAGUGAAGGCUUACCAGUCGGUAUGAUGAUUGUGGGAAGAAAAUUUGACGAGAUCACUGUUCUGAAUGUUGCUUACGCUUACGAAAAGAUCAGGGAUGCAUAAAAGAUAGGAUUGUGAAAUCACGGUCUAUCAAUAGAACCAGAACUACAAGAUUUUUUGAAACCUUUUAGAAUAGAAAAUGAUUCGAUUCAUAACAAAGGUCAAAUCAUCACACUGUGGAAGUAAAAUCUUGUACAAAAAUCUGUUUUAGUACAUUUUAGCAGGUGGAUAAUGAGAAUUCUGAAUCCGUUUUGAAGGACAAAUGUUUUGGAAUUUGUCGAUCUACUAGGGAUUUUUGUUUAAUUUAUUAUUUGCUCGAGAAAAGUGCAAAAGUACCCAGAACUACUUAAUACUUAGCAGUGCGUACAAGAUAUCUGAUAAGAGUGGUGCUGAUUUAUCCAUUUGAACACCAAAGAAUUUUCGAUUCGUUUUAUGUUACGUUACCCAGGAGUUUUUAAAGGAAAUCAAUAUCUAGUGUUUUUUUUGGAGGAAUUGCGAAGGUGCCUCUCCAUUAGAACUUUCCUGAAGACUGCGAGAAAGAGUAGUCACAUAAAGCGGCCAUGUGAAUAUCGUCCACUUGUGGCUGAAAACUGCUUUUCAGUACACUAUUUUUGUUCAAAAUUACCUCAAAAUGUUAUAGAUAUUGUGCCAAUGCCAGUCCAAUAG